CACACGUCGGCCGUCUCUCCGGUUGAAAGCUGUUUCCAAGCGUCACUGGCCGAGCAGAAAGAACCAGUCCUCACCGACCGAGCGCACCGCAGCACGCCGAGAAGUCUUUGUUUUCGAGUGGUUUCGAUUUGCAUAUCCACUUCCACUCCUUCCUCAUUUGCAUACAGCAAGAAUGGCGAGCGGGCAUCCCACAGAAAAAUUCAGUUUCAUGUACCAACCAGACACGCACAAGAGCAAGAACAGGUUAUCUUCAGCCAUGAAUCCCCUCUACAGCCCCGUUCAGCCUGGCACUCCAUACGGAAACCCCAAGAACAUGGCAUUCACAGGCUAUCCUGGAGCUUAUCCCGCCACGGCCCCCACCUAUACUCCCAACAUCUAUCAAACAGGAAGUCCUGGGUAUCCACCAGGGUAUACUUCAGCAGGAACUCCAUACAAAGUAUCCCCCACCCAGUCAAAUGGAGCACCUCCUCCUUACACUCCUACGCCCACCCCGUACCCGACAGCCAUGUACCCCAUCCGCAGUGCCUAUCCUCAGCAGAACAUUUACGCACAGGGAGCUUACUACACUCAGCCAGUGUACGCAGCUCAGCCCCAUGUGAUCCAUCACACCACCGUGGUGCAGCCCAACAGCAUCCCCUCCACAGCGCUCUACCCCGCCCCUGUCCCCGUUCCCGCACCUCGCAACAAUGGCAUGGCGGCCAUGGGAAUGGUGGCUGGAACAACUAUGGCCAUGAGUGCAGGGACCCUGUUGACAACACCCCAGCACCCCCAGAUUGGAGCACAUCAAGUUACGGUGCCAACCUACAGGCCCCAAGGGACACCUGGUUACAGCUACGUACCACCUCACUGGUAGAGCCCGCCCUUUGUAUCUGGAGUCCACCAUCAUAUGCAACUGCUUAGAUCUUACACGAGCUCCCAGUGGUAAACACGAGAACUCGGCACGUGUCUGCAAGAACAAACUAAAGUGCAACAGCCACUUUACUAUUAUUGUUAUGAUGCGACAUUCUCUUUUUUUAUUUUUUUUAAAGCUGCUUUUACUUUGUCAUUUUUUUUCUGUUCAUUUGCCUACAAUUCAUUACCAAUUUUUUUUUUUCUUUUUCUUUUUUUUCUUAUGUUGAUGUCCUCAUGCUGUCUGUCAUUGGAACUCCAGAAGGACUCAAACCAUCACAGGCGUUGCUCGCUCCCAUUUGCAUUGUGUUGGGCUAUUUGUGGUCCUGCCUGUUGCUGCUGCUCAGUUUGGCUGGAAUCCAUAGGGCACUUACUCUUCAUCGUCAUCUUCAUUAGUCUCUGGAAAGACUUUAGACUAAUGCUGCCAAAUUUUCUAACAGGAUAUCAGCACAGGGUUUUGACAUUAAUAGGACAUUUAUUUUGUGGGGUUUGUUUUGGUUUUUUGGUUCUGUUUACUGCGAUUAGCCAUAUUUGUUUUCUCGGUUUUUCUACCCUUUUGUUCAUCCCUUUUUCCUUUCGAGUCUUUUUUUUCCCGCCUGGUUUUUCAGUUGGCUCUCAUGUGUCUUCCAGCAUGUUCUUGUCUGGCUGUCAGUCCAGCUGUCUUCACCUGAGUGUUAGUUUGUGCUAAGAGUGCUUACCGAGCAUCAUUCAGCUUGUCUGACUCCUAUGUUGUACCUAGUACACUCUGCAGAGAACCCCCCCACCCCCCGUUUCAUGCUACAUACUAUGCAGGCUGGCAUGUUGUGACUCGCCAACAUUGGAGGACAUUCGGGGCGCUUUGGGUCACUUUUGUAACGCGGGCAAAAUCUGUACAAAUGUUAAUAGUAACAGACUCAACAGCACACACAUACACACGCACAGGGGCUCCUGUUGUGUGCGCUCACUUAGAGGCACUUACUGCUGUCAUCACACAAAACGAGCAAAUACGUGGGGGUAUGCACGGCGGACACCGCCCUCGCAGAUGGAGCUUAAAGGGAUCGUCGUGGGAGGUGGAGGUGAGAAAGGAGGCGGCGAUGCCAUGCUCACAGGCACUCCUUUCGUUCAACGUACAAGACAUCCGAGUUUGUGUCAUUUCACCUCCAAAGGCACAAACGGAUAGCUUUCUUUGCACGGGAUGUUUUGUACGUUGACUUUGAAUAUUUUUCCCGCUGUGACCGUGACAUCUCCUCCUCCUUUCCUUUGUCAGACAAACAUUAAAACACCAGAGGGAAGAGAAAGGCUAUGUAGAGUCACAUCUUGAUACCUUUGCAGACAUUCAAAACAUCGGUGGCGAGAGCGCGUUUGUCUUAAAGGCGUGAAGAUCCGCCUCACUGAAAGCUGGCGUCGGUCCCCACCCAGACUAUAGUCUGCUGUUGGUGGGGAUUCAUAUUUAGGUGAGGCCUUUUUCAGGAUUAAAACAUGAAAAAUACAAAAAAAAAAGAUUUGCAACCUUAACAGAUUUUAGAGUACAUGUGGGGAUUAGAAAAUGCAUUUGCUAUGCGGGUAUUUGUCGGAGGGGGUUCAAUUAUCGCAAUAAAUAAGAGGGAAUGCCUCCAGCUGUUAACUUACAGUCAUUGUUUUAUCAGCAUUUUUAAUUGAUUUUUAUAAAUGCUUGUUGUAAUAUCUAAAUGUGGAUUUGGAGCUGUUUAUUCAGCUUCCAUUCAAUAAUUAUUCCAGUUACUGCUAAGAACAUAUCAAAAGUUUGAAUAACGUGAGGAAAUAUUGUACAACUUAAGGUUUAAAAAGAAACUUGACUAUGCUAUUCUAAUUUAAUGCUAAGUAAGAGGUACUUAGGCUUUGUAGUGCAGGACAGACAAGGGCGCAGUUUAUUAAAAUCAAACAAUAAGGUGGCACGUUUGAGGUUUCCUUAGUCCAGAUGUUUGUAAUCUUGUAGGUUCAUAUUCAAAAGGGCGUUGCAAGAAAACGUUUCUGAAGGACGUCAAAGAAACGUUUUUUCCUGCGGCAGCCGUGAUGCUACUCUACGUUAUUUAACCAAACCACUACGUUUGUCAGUAUUCCUCAGUGAAAUCUUGGUUUUUUUUCCCCCCUCCUUCCCCUCUGGUCAUAUGAGCUUAAAUGGGUAUGCAUUAUAUUCAGGUGUAUUUCAGGAUAGCAUUGGAAAUAAAAAACAUGCAGUAUAUUUAUACAGCGAGUGGUACAGUAAGGUACUUCUAGCGAAGCAUGGUUGCAUUGGUGUGGCAGCUAUUGUUUGUGCUUUUAAAGGAUAGUUUGGGUUUUUUUUUUUCUGCAUCUCUACAUAUCCAUCACCACAUGAGGAGUCCAUGCAAGCUCUGUCAUGACUGUUGGAGCUUGUGGAGUCCCCCCCUCCCCUCCCCUCCCCCCUCAUUUUUAGGACGGUUGCCUGAGUUUGCUGAAGGAUGUAGCAGCGAAACCUCUUUUAAUGGAGUGAGAAAAGCCAGCUUUUUCCUGUCUCGUUUUUGUGCCAUAUUUCGACCAAUUGCUGUUCAGUAAAUGAGUUUUUCUUCUAAAUAACUGGUAAACUACAAGUCCUUGUUAAUGUCUAGUUUCUUGUGAAUCUGUGUUUCUUCCUGUUGCUGUCCUGUUUCUCAUGUGACUGAUGCCGUCUGACUUCCUUUGAACUUGCGUCUGUUUUUUUUCUUUUUAUCGACACUAAAUGAUGUUUGACUUCUUACUGUCCACUCACCUCCUCAUUCCUCUCUUUGCUUUUCCAUCCUAAAAUGAUCUCCCAUUGACCUCUGAUUUACGCGAACAGCCGCAUCGCCGUGGUUUCAAGAGUUGAGCCGACAGGGAGAAUCUCUUCCUUCCUCAUUAUCGCUUUGAUGCUGUUCUGCACCGAGGUGUUUCUAGGGGGGCAUAAGCUUUUGUUUUGUUUUAAACUAUGAUACUUUUAGGGCAUUUUCAUGCCGCUUCACACACGACCUUCGCCGCGGUCUGAGACGAGGAUUCAUCCGGACUGUCCAACAGUUUCGGUGAGAGUGCUCGGGUCUUUUUCAGGACGGUGUAACCGCCUCCUCGUUGGACUCCAUUCCUUUCCACUCACUUAUUUGCACUUAAGUGAACGUAAAUAUUCAAAGACAUUCGGGGGGAGGGGGGCGUUGGUGUGCAACACUGUCUUAAUCAUAGAUCUUUGUAUCAUCUUUUUCGUCCUGCAAACCUUCCUGUUUCAUUUCAAUCACUUUCAAAGUGAAACCACAAAGAGCCUCUCCUUCUUUUCCUUUUUCUCCGUCUCUGUUUUAUUUUUUUUUCCACCUUGCAGUCGCUAAGUCUUAGUUUUUCCUAAUAAAAAAAUGGAAACACUACUAUCACAAUUAAUAGUGGGCUCUUAAAUGUCUUUGAUGUUUUGCUGCAGCCUUUUCAUUUCAAUCUCGUCAGAUAUAUCUCUUAGUUUGAUUGGACACUAAAUGUGAUGCAAAAAGUGGAAAUUCCUCGUCUUCCAAAAAAAAACAAAAAAAAAAGUAAAAACCCGUACUCGAGCCCCCCGCUGGGCCGAGUAUCCAGAAAAGCCCAUCUUUGGAAGUUUUCGUUUGGUACAGUUUGCACAUGCUAUGGUAUUUCUGUUACCGUAAGGUUGUGUUUGAAACUGAAGCCCAGCGUCUGUUCAGCGUUGAGAGAAGUGUAUGUUCGCUAUUCGGUCCAGAGUGAAGGACCUGCAUCAGGCUUGUGAUAUGAAGUGUAAAUUUGUUUUUCAUUUUUUUAAUGUUUCUUUGAUUUUUUCUGUUGUUGUUUUUUUUUUCUUCUUUUUUAAAGAUCAGUUAGUGAUCUUAGUACUAUAACUAAGCCAAGUUUGUAAUUGUAUAUUUACUGUAAAAUGUAGAACAUUAAAUAACUAUUAAAAUUUUCCUAUAAAAGGA